UGUAAAUGCACUCUGUAAUAAUUGGAAUUAAUUUUUUAGCAUGAAUACGAGACCGUCUUCCCGUUGACGACCCUAGUACCCGAAGUACUCCUAGGAUCAUCGCAAAGGAGCACGCAUAGCAGUUCCCUUCGUUAGCUGAGGAUGCUAAAUAAACGUUCCUGUUGCUCUGUAACAUGGCAAACUUAGGGACGUCCUUCCCUUAAGACAGCUUGCGCUUGAGUUGGACAAGCUAGAGCUUUCCUUCACCCGAAAACAUUGCCAUCCUACCUUACUACAUGACGAACGUUUCGCCUUCACACCAGUGGGUAGUUGGCCUAUGCUCAGUUGUCUUUGAUAUCGAUGUCGGGCAGCGUGUGGAACACCUUGUGCCAGCGAAUUGCCUAUCAACAGAAGAGAAGCAGGAUGUGGCUUUUCACUCAUUCCCGGAUUCCAUGUCCAUGGAAUUAUAUGCGAGGACCUCUAUUAAGGACAGCACCUUCUUCUUCCGCGUGAGGCGACGAGGCGUCCCGGGUGGGCUGACUCCACCAGAAGCAGCAGCAGCAGCAGCCACAGCUUCCGAAACAGCUGCCGCCUGCAAUGUCAGUGGCAAUGGCUGUGAACCCCAUUGCAAUGCUGCGAUGCCGUCAUCAUCACCAGCAGCAGCAGCAGCUGCAGCAGUAGGCGGGAGCGAGGAGCGGGAGACGCCAGGAGGCGGGAGUGUGGGGUCGGGUGCGGCGCCGGUGUCAAAGGGGGCAUCGGCGGAUGCAACUGCUGCUGCUGAGCCGCGCGACCGGCAGGAACGCUUCUUGUACGGGUUUGUGUUUUGCCGGCAGCGCCAGGACGCCUCCCUGCGCCGCGGCGGCGAGCAGGCGGGAGUGGUGGUGCUGUCGGAGCACCCGCUCAGCGCCGCACUGGGGCCGCUGGCGGCGGUGGCGGGGCACAGCUACUUCGCGGCGCCGGGCAGCAGGCAGCCGCUGCAGCAGGUGUACGACGAGGUGCUCCGCUGGCCCCCCCCGGUGGCAGGUGCACAGCUGCAGCUGACGGUGGGCUUCACGGCGCUGUCCGCCCGCCUGCCCGCAUGGGGCACCCUGCCCGCACCCUCCACCACGUCAGCGCCCGAGCAGUACGGCGGCAACACGCUGCCCCACAUGCGCUCCUCCUCCUCCGCUCGCUCCCUCACACUGCCCGCCGGCCCCUCCGCGCGCCGACUGCAAGUGGGGGAGGACGGCAGCACCGCCGCCACCCCCACCGCCGCCGCCUCCUCACGAUCCGUCUCCCGAACCCUCAGCGGCCUCAGUCUCGGCAGCAGCAGUGGCGGCGGCGCCGCCGCCAGCGGACCCAUGGGUCACGGGACGACGACUGCGGCUCUAACUGCUGCUGCCGCGACGGUAGCAGCAGCAGCUGCUGCAGCUGCAUCGCCUUUUAGUACUGCUAGCGGCCAGCAGCAGCAACAACAGCCCCCCGGGGUUGUCCCGCCCGCGCAGCAGCAGCUCCACCGUGGGAGCUCCUCCUCACUCGAACCCUCCCUCGGCUCCUUCGAGGGUGCGGCAACGCAAGCAGGAGCAGCAGCAGGACCGCAGGGGCAAGCUGCUGCCGCUGCUGCUGCAUCCGGGGCGUUGCGGUCUCCCCCGCUGCGCCAUGCACCCCUCUCGGGCGCAUCCGCAGCAUCAGCAACAUCAGGCUUCGACAGCGGCGAGCUGAGUUUCAACACCGGUCUCGAUCCACUGGCGGCAGUCAGCAGCCCCGCUAUGGUAGUGGGCGGAGUCCUACCAGCACCCGUAGCAGCAGUAGAUCAUAAUAGCAGCAACCAUGGCGGGGUGACCCAUGGGUCAUCAUCCUCCGGCAUGUUGGCCGGCGUCGCGGGCGGGUUCCUGGGAGGUCCCUCCCGGGAGAGCUCCCUGCGGGGGUUGUCGGGUCUGCUGGGUAUGGGGGAUGCG